CCUUACUUGCCUGCCUUCCACGAUGACUGAUUCAUUUGCCCUUGCCAAAGACUUUCUCCAACGCAACCUUGCCAAGUCGCUUCCAGCGCCGGACAAUCGGCCAACUGUAACUCUGACCUUCGCGCAGAGCCUCGACGGCAAAAUUUCGCGCCCCGGCCGGCAGCUACUUCUCAGCGGCAAGGAAUCUAUGGCCAUGACCCAUCGGCUGCGAGCAAUCCACGAUGGAAUACUGGUUGGCAUUGGCACGGUCCUGUGCGAUAACCCGCGGCUUAAUGCACGACUGCUGCCCGCCCCUGAGUGUCAUCUGGUAGAGCAGCCGCAGCCGAUAGUACUGGACACUCACCUGCGAUUCCCACCCACUGCCAAUCUGCUGGCCGGGCCCAAGGAGAACCACAGACUGAAGCUACCGUGGAUCGUUUGUGGACCUGUAUAUGAUGCUGGCAUGAGAGCAAGGUUGGAGGCUGCUGGUGCGCGUGUCAUUGUCAUUGAUAAGGUCGAUGGAGCAGGUCGCCCAAUGCUGGCUGCCGUGCUCAAGGAGAUUUCCAACCUUGGGAUCAGUAGUCUGAUGGUCGAGGGAGGCGCUCAGAUAAUUCAGCUCUUCAUGACCAGCAGGCUAACCGACCGUCUCAUCACAACCACUGCGCCUGUGCUAGUUGGAAGUGGUGGUGUACCAGCUGUUGCAGCAGAAACCAUUGAUUCUUCAUUUGCUAUUGAGCCGCUGGAGUAUGCGGCCUUUGGGCGCGAUAUCGUAAUGUUUGCAACAACUGCUGCCCAGUAAAGGGCAGUGGCUUUAUUUGGGUAACGCCAGUUAACUUAAAUACAUUUGACCUCUGGGAAGCACGGGCCAACAAGGCAGGCCGGCUGAAGUUCAGCACAGCCCUUGCCAGACGGGCACGGGUUCUUGAGGCACGGGCUGAACAGCUCCGGGGGAGUUGCCUUUAGACGAAUAGCAACACCGGAUUUGCCCGCAGCAUGCCCGGCAAAAGCUAG